AUGUCUCUCCGCACCCUUCCGCUGCUCUUCAUCAAUCUGGGGGGAGAAAUGCUCUACAUCCUGGAUCAACGUCUCCGAGCCCAGAACAUCCCUCCAGACAAAGCCAAGAAAGGUAAGUGGAAGAACACCAUUUGUCUUACAGUUAUGAAUGAUAUUAUCACAACAAUGUUUAACAAGAAGUUCAUGGAAGAACUAUUUAAACCACAAGAGCUGUACUCCAAGAAAGCCCUCAGGACAGUUUUUGACCGCUUGGCCCAUGCUUCUAUCAUGAGGCUUAACCAAGCUAGUAUGGACAAGCUCUAUGACUUGAUGACUAUGGCCUUCAAAUAUCAAGUUCUGUUGUGUCCUCGUCCCAAGGAUAUCUUACUAGUUACCUUUAAUCACAUGGAUGCUAUCAAAGACUUUAUCCGGGAUUCUCCAAGUAUUCUGAACCAAGUGGAUGAGACUUUCCGGCAGUUGAUUGAUAUGUACAACUGUCUACCUGCAGGUGAGUUUCAACUGAUCAGGCAAACUUUGCUUAUCUUCUUCCAGGAUAUGCACAUUAGGGUUUCCAUUUUCUUAAAAGAUAAAGUUCAAAACUCAAAUGGGCGUUUUGUGCUGCCAACAUCUGGUCCUGUUCCUUGGGGAACUGAAGUACCAGGUCUCAUUAGGAUUUUUAGUUACAAAGGGGAAGAGGUGAAGAGAGUGGAGUUCCAGAAUGGUGGGAAUUAUGUCAGCCCUCUUCGAGAAGGCUCUUACGAUCUUUUUGGUGACCGAGUGCUUAAGCUGGGGACCAAUAUGUACAGUGUAAGCCGUUCUGUGGAGACUCACAUGUCGGGGACAUUGAAAAGUUCAGCCUCACACACAAAGGAGAAUGUUGCACCAAAUCCCUUGGCGAAAGAGGAGUUAAACCUUCUGGCACAACUAAUGGGUGGUAUGGAGCUGAAGAAGCCUUCCAGUGCUGACCACAUCUUCCGUUUAAACCUUUUCACCAAUGAUGAAGAAGAAGAGCAAGCGGCACUGACAAGACCAGAAGAGCUCUCUUACAAAGUGAUCAACAUUGAAGCCAGUGAAGACCAGGAGAGAAAUAAGGAGCUUUCUCGUAUUAUGGGCGAGUUUCGAUCCGAGGAGACACUGGUACAGAAUACCAGCAAAGGAGAUGAUCUUCUAGCUCUAAUGGAUGGGCUGUGA